GUGAGAUCGCGAUGGACAUAUGAAGGGAGGAGGCUGGUGCUUAACUACCCGCCCUCCCGAUUGCGGGCCCGUCGUGGUGGCGCUCUCGAGGAUACCUAAUUGGCCUGCGUGGUUUCCGCAGCAGAACCAAGCCUCCCAUCACAUCUCGCUAAACGCUGUCCCCUGCAGUGCACUGCAGUUUGUAUUGAUUGCUGCGCAGUAUGGAGGGGAACCCAUAAAGGCGGGGAAUUCUGCCUUGCCAUCGUCGACCCAGCGUCGCCUUUUGGGACCAUUAUAAGCCCAUUCCCAAGCUAACUAAGAUCCACCACUAGCCCAGCACCAUUGCAAGUCCACUUUCGAUCCAAGCUCAACCACUCAGGAUGAACUUCGGUGUCGGCGUUGGCGACGUCCUCAUGGUGGCGGGCAUCGCCUGGCGCCUGUACAAGAAAUGCAGGGAGUCAAGCGAGGACUUCCGCCGCCUAUCGACCGAGCUGGCGUCGCUCGAUGCCGUCCUGCGCGAGACGGCCGAAUACGUCGAGGAGCACGGCAACCUGGACAUUUCGCGGCGGAACCGCCUGGAGAUCCUCUGCCAAGGAUGCGCGUCGACGCUGAACGACCUCGAGGGCCUCGUCAGCCGCUACGAGAGUCUGGGGACGCAGGCCCAGCGGACCUGGGACCGCAUGAGGUUCGGCCUUAACGACCUAUCUGAGGUCCGGUCGAGGCUCGUGUCGACCACGACUCUGCUCAAUGCGUAUAACACCACACUGAUCAAUUCCUCCACAGCGCGCAUCGAGAAGAGGCUAAGCAAGUUCAUGACCGAAGUCCGAGCCGGCCUACGAGAAGGUUCGGUAGCCGAGGCGUCCAACGCCGCCGAGACGAUCGAUUCGCCGGGCGUCUGGGCCGAGCUCCGGCGGGAGCUAGACGACGUCGGCAUCAGCGCCGCCACCGUCGAGGAGAACCGCGAGUACAUCAUAAGCUGGAUGAAGAUGGCGCUGGCAGCAGACGCCGCGGCGGACGAACCAGAGGCAGAAGAAAGAGCCCCGUCGCCCGGCUGCGCGCCGAGUGACUCGGCCUACGGCAGCGCCGAGGGCUCGAUCCGUCGGCCCAGCGUCGUGGCGCUGAAUGCCGCCAACGAGGAGUUCCAGGAGGAGUUGCAGACGCAGCGGACAGAACGGCCGCUGGAGGAUAUCUUCGAGUAUCUCGCCGCCGAGGCGCCGCCGCCGCGGGCGAGGGUGAGGAGGAGGACGGACCCGAGCAGAUUGCUGAAGAAGCUGUUCCAGAAGGACACGGACAUAAUCACGGCGGCCAGCGACGGGGACAUCGACCGGGUUGCCAAGUUGAUAGGCUUGGGAAUGAACGUCAACGCCAGGGAUCGGUGGGGAUGGUCCGCCCUGAGCAUGUGUGGCUACGGCGGCCACAGAGCCAUCGCUCGUCUGCUUCUCGACCACGACGCCGACCUGGAUAACAUCGACGUGGACGGCGAUUCGCCCUCGAGUCUUGCCGCGCAAAGGGGGCAUGCCGACCUCGUAGUCAUGUUCGACGAGGAGAGGGCAGCGCGGGAUCUGCGUCUGAGGGAGAUGGACAGGGAGGUUCCUCGUCCGGUGGAAAUCUAAACAAUCACUUUGCGGAAUGUAAUAGGCGUUAUUCGGGGAAUACCACUGCUGCGUCGAAAAUGGGUUACUUGGUAAGAUUCAAUUCCAAGAUUUAAAUGCGUCAUGACAAGCCUGCUCUCUUCACACUCUUUGCUUCCUGUCUAGCAAUCUUCCGAGAGUCGAGAUUCUGCGUUGUAAUUAUCAGUAAUACGCGACAUCUCAAGUUACUAUGGAACAAGUCUCUGUAAUGUACCCUAAUGUCUCAAUACGGUAACGGGUUAAUCGGCUUGGGUUCAAUCGGGGAUCUUACGCGCAAUACGGAAUUCCCCUCAACGUGGGGCUCCGAGACC